UUGGUAGCGAAGGGUUUGCUACAGCAGCAGUCCAGCAGAAACAUGCCUGAGUGUCGCGGACGGGGACUGGCGGACUGGGAACGGGCGCUUUCUCCUCCUCUCCCCGGGUUUAAGUGAAUGAAAAAGGAAAAAUGCGAAUUUAGUGGGAAUGGAUACGAAUUGAAAGCGUGUUCUCCGGGUCUGGUGGGCUCGCGGAGGCGUCGGUGAAGCUGAGAGAAGUGUGUGCUGGCUGAGAUUUCGCCCAAACUCUGCUCUUCAUGUUGCAAAGCCAAGGCUCAUGACGAUGGAUUAUUUGCUGUUUUUAUACAGCCUUCUGGUCCCUGUGGUCUCCGCCGUGGAGGAGACACUUAUGGACAGCAAGUGGGCCACAACCGAGCUGGCGUGGACCACCUAUCCAGAAAGUGGGUGGGAGGAGGUCAGUGGCUAUGAUGACUUUAUGAACCCCAUCCGGACGUACCAGGUGUGCAACGUUCUUGAACCCAACCAGAACAACUGGCUGCGGACGGACUUCAUCCCGCGGCGGGGCGUCCUGCGCGUUUACGUGGAGCUGAAGUUCUCUGUACGGGACUGCGCCAGCAUCCCUAAUAUCCCUGGAUCCUGCAAGGAAACCUUCAACCUUUUCUACUACGAGUCUGAUGGAGAUACGGCUACGGCCACCAGUCCGCCGUGGAGGGAGAAUCCUUAUGUCAAGGUGGACACCAUCGCUCCUGAUGAAAGUUUCUCCCUGCUGGAGUCGGGGAUCGUCAACACCAAAGUUCGGAGCUUCGGCCCACUCUCCAAAGCCGGCUUUUAUCUGGCCUUCCAGGACCUGGGCGCCUGCAUGUCCCUCAUAUCUGCGAGGGUCUUUUUCAAAAAGUGCUCCACCACCAUCGCCAGCUUUGCCGUUUUCCCCGAGACGGCCACAGGUGCGGAGGCCACGUCGCUGGUGAUCGCGGCGGGGGCCUGCGUCCCCGACGCGGUGGAGGUGUCCGUCCCCCUCAAGCUCUAUUGCAACGGAGACGGCGAGUGGAUGGUUCCCGUGGGAUCCUGCACCUGCAUGCCGGGCUUCGAGCCGGCCAAGAAAGACACCCAAUGUCAGGCCUGCACUCCAGGAUCCUUCAAGUCCAAGCAGGGUGAGGGCUACUGCAUGCCCUGUCCCCCUCACAGCCGUGCCACCUCCAGGGCGGCCAACGUGUGCCCGUGCCAGAGCGGGUACUACCGGGCCGACAGCGACUCCCCAGACUCCGCCUGCACCACCGUUCCUACAGCUCCAUUAAACGUGAUCUCCAGCGUGAACGAAACCUCCGUGUCACUGGAGUGGGCGGAGCCGCGGGACUCUGGUGGGCGGGCCGACGUGGUGUAUAACGUGGUGUGUAAGAAGUGCCAGCACGGUGGAGGUUUCUGCGUGCGCUGCGACGACAACGUGGACGUGUCCCCGCGGCAGCUGGGCCUGGCUGACAGGCAGGCGGCCGUCAGGAACCUGCAGGCGCACACACGCUACAGCUUCGAGAUCCAGGCCAUCAACGGGGUCUCCGCCAAGAGCCCCUCCACCCCCCACUACGCCACUGUAAACAUCACCACCAAUCAAGCAGCCCCUUCUGCCGUCCCCACGGUGCACCUGAUGAGGGCCACAGCCAGCACCCUGAGCCUGUCCUGGCUGCCCCCCGAGCGGCCCAACGGGGUGAUCCUGGAUUAUGAGAUCAAGUACCAGGAGCGGGGAGAAUCCUUCUCCCACACAGUCACAGCACAGUCCAGCUCAGCCAGGGUGGAGGGUUUAAAAUCGGGUAAAGUGUACACGGUCCAGGUCCGAGCUCGCACGGUGGCCGGCUACGGCACGUACAGUAACCCAGUGGACUUCAGCACCAGCCUGCACGACGUUCCAGAGCGAUCAGUGCAGGACCAGCUGCCCCUCAUCAUCGGCUCAGCCCUGGCUGGAUUCGUUGUCAUCAUCGCAAUGGUGGUCAUAGCUGUGGUCUGCCUCAGGAGGCAGCGCACAGGUUCUGAGCUGGAGUACACCGAGAAACUGCAGCAAUACGUGGCUCCAGGCGUGAAGGUAUACAUCGACCCCUUCACAUACGAAGACCCCAACGAGGCCGUGCACGAGUUCGCCCGCGAGAUCGACAUUUCCUGCGUGAAGAUCGAGGAAGUCAUCGGAGCAGGAGAGUUCGGAGAGGUGUGCCGGGGUCGGCUGAAGCAGCCCGGCAGGAAGGAGGCAACCGUGGCCAUCAAGACGCUGAAAGCCGGCUACACGGAGCGGCAGAGGCGGGACUUCCUGGCUGAGGCGAGCAUCAUGGGCCAGUUCGACCACCCCAACGUCAUUCACCUGGAAGGUGUUCUGACCAGGAGCUGCCCGGUGCUGAUCGUCACCGAGUUCAUGGAGAACGGUGCUUUGGAUUCAUUCCUUAGGCUGAAUGACGGCAGGUUCACGGUGACCCAGCUCGUCGGCAUGCUGAGGGGCGUCGCCGCCGGCAUGAAGUACCUCUCGGAUAUGAACUACGUCCACCGCGACCUGGCGGCGCGCAACGUACUGGUCAACAGCAACCUGGUGUGCAAGGUGUCCGACUUCGGCCUGUCUCGAUUCCUAGACGACAACUCGUCCGACCCCACCUACACAAGCUCUCUGGGUGGAAAAAUCCCAAUCCGCUGGACUGCCCCCGAAGCUAUCGCCUUCCGUAAGUUCACCUCAGCCAGCGAUGUGUGGAGCUACGGCAUCGUUAUGUGGGAGGUGAUGUCGUUCGGAGAGCGGCCCUACUGGGAUAUGAGCAACCAAGAUGUAAUGAACGCAGUGGAGCAGGACUACAGGCUGCCGCCGCCCAUGGACUGCCCAGCUGUGCUCCACCAGCUGAUGCUGGAGUGCUGGGUGAAGGAGCGUAACGCACGGCCGCGCUUCGCCCAGAUCGUCAGCACGCUGGACAAACUCCUGCGCAACGCCGCCAGCCUCAAAGUGCUGACCUCUGCACACUCAGGGGAUCUUUACCGUGUUGGCGGGACUCUACCUGGACACCAGAGGAAGAGCCUUGGUGGUGUUCAGGACAUGCGGCAGAUGAGCCAAACCCUCCCCAUCCGUGUCUGACCAUCUGACCAAGCAAGAGGACCACCUGCUAAUGCUAAUGCUAAUGCUUACCAAACUGGCUAGUAUCUGGAGAGUCUGAAGAGCAGCAACACCACAGGACACUACCUUUUUUUGGGAUUAUUAUUAUUAUUAUCAGUGUCCAGCUCUGUCUGAAGAUGCUCCAGAGUUACGCCAGUGGACCAAACUUUGAACACUUUCAAUCGAUGGAAAACAUUGUAUAAAACGCUACUGGAAGAAAAAGCGGAUUUCUUUGUGGCAGUGCCUCAGGCGGGCUUUUUGUUCCCCGUCCUCCUUCCCGUCACGGCUUUCGUGUUUACACUGGACACUGUUCUUUAUGCAGACCCCCCCUGCCCCCCCCAAUCCAUGACGAUUAUGUUUCUACGACUCAGGUUUAGUUUGCAUGUGUGCAUGUGUUUCCACAGCGACGGUAAAAGAAAAGCCGGAGUCUAUUCUCUCUGAGAGGUCCUCUCUGGUCCAAUAAAACGCUAAAGCUAAUACAUGGCUUUUUUGACAAGAACAAGAACAAGCAGGUUGAACAAGCAGAUUUGCAUUCUCAAUUUUACUCAGUAUCUCAAUAUUGUUUGAGGCUACCCACUACCUUUUGUUGAUUAUUAGCCAUAGCAUUCCUGGAUGUUCUGUAAAUGGAUGUAUUGCCGGCCUCGCCGGGCGAAGACGCAGAGCGAGCGAAGAAUUCUAAGCUAACUGUGUAAUACUCUAAAGCAAAGAGACGUGAAUUAAUGUUAGCCUGAAAUAGAAAUGAAAGGGUUAGCUUGAGGACAUUUUCGACAAUGCCUUUUGUGCUUUUCUUUUCAUUUUUUAUUUUUUUUUGUUCCUCUGAGACUUGACUCUUCUGAUCUUUUCUUCAUAUUGAAGAAAGGAAUAGCAGAGAAGAGAGGAGAAGCACGGAAAGGAUGUUUUUUUUUCCAAAGUGAAGUGGAAAAGAAGUAUAAAAGAAGUGGAAAAGCGAACACUUAUAGAAGCUCAAUUCAUCUCCAUCCUCUUUUUGCAGAAGAAGAUACCAAGGAACCACGGGGACCGUCUUACCAAUUCGAUUACCAGAGUCGAUUACCACAUGAACACCAGAACAUAGACGUUUUGUUUACCUCUGUCGUAUUUCGUCUUCCAUGUUACAGUAUUAAUGAAAUCUCCUCAUGGACAACGUUUGACUGUGAUGUUCGGAAUUCUUAACUCUUAUAACUGUGACCGAGGAAGACUUUAUAGAGCUGGUGUGUGUGUGGGUGGGUGGGUGGGUGGGUGGGUGUACGUGUGUAUGUGUGUGUGUGUGUGUGUCGGGGAGGUGCACAGCGUAUGUCCGAGUGAGACGCAGCUUCAUAUGCAUGCUAGAUUCAGAGCUAUGUGAUCGACCACGUCCGUGAAGAGAGACAGUGCUACGACUGUUGAAGGCUGUUGUUUAAUGAAUAUCCCUAUUAUUUCCACAGUAAUUCACUCUGUUACAAAUAUGCAUUAUUGUGUAAAUAAAUACAGAUCAUGAGA